AUGGCUUCUCUGAAAUCGCGACCAUUUCAUUGUUCGUCGGCCACGACGAGCCAUUGUUCUUUUUUAUCUGGGAAUCGUUCAUUGAUAAUUCCUCGGUUUCCCCCAUCCUCCGUCAAGAUUCCAUUUUUCGAUGGCCCCUUUAGGUCUAGAUUAGGUUCCGUCUGUUGCCAGAAUUCCAAUUCGGAUUCUGUCAUUGUGAAUUCGACGAGUACGACGGGUUGUGGCGCCGGGUCUAAGAGUCCGACCCAUUUAACGGAUGAUCACCCCCAGGCCUCCGCUUCCUCUCCUUCCUCCGUCAUUGAUUUUCUCACAUUGUGCCACAGUCUAAAGACUAUGAAGAGGAAGGGCUGGAUUAACCAUGGUAUAAAGGGUGCUGAGUCCAUUGCUGACCAUAUGUACAGGAUGUCCUUGAUGGCUUUGAUUGCUGGUGAUCUUCCUGGUGUUGACAGGGAUAGGUGUAUCAAGAUGGCAAUUGUUCAUGAUAUUGCUGAAGCAAUUGUUGGAGAUAUAACUCCUCGUGAUGGUGUGCCAAAGGCUGAGAAGAGCAGACGGGAGCGGGCAGCUUUGAAAGAGAUGUGUGAGAUUCUUGGAGGAAAUAGAGGUUCUGAAGAGAUUAGAGAACUUUGGGAAGAAUAUGAAAACAACUCAUCUUUGGAGGCUAAUCUUGUUAAAGAUUUGGACAAAGUUGAAAUGAUUCUGCAAGCAUUGGAAUAUGAAAUUGCUCAUGGGAAGGUGUUAGAUGAGUUUUACCAUUCGACAGCAGGAAAAAUUCAGACUGAAAUAGGAAAGAGUUGGGCAGCUGAGAUUCAUGCUCGAAGAAAUUCAAGGUUGGAGAACAGGUCAAAUUGA